AAUGCCUCUGCUUAACUCUCAGGGGAGGAGGAGAAAUUGCUGGGAAAGCAGGGAUGCUGGCUCGAGUUCCCGUGCUUUACGAGCACUCUCCUUCCCAUUGACGUGGAGCCUGGUGGGCUGAGUCCCGAGUCAGCGAGCAUUAGCGUGGGGCCGCGAGCGCGAUUGCGGAACCCCGGGCGGGUGUUGCCCAACAGGGCGGUCUGUAGCGCCCCCGAAGGAAGGAGCAACAGAGGCGGCGGGCUAGCAGUCGUGCAGGGUCCUUUGGGGGGCGGAGAUGUCACGGCAUUAGCGUGGGCCGAGCACUGGUUUUUGGAAGUGAGUCGCCUCGGGAUCUGCGGGACGCACCUAAGGCUGGUUUGCGGAGUUCUCCCGCGCGGUGACGGUGCUUCCUUUGGGCACCGGACCACAGACAGCCACUCAUAUUCUAGAGAUGUCGAUGGAAGGUGAGCCAAGUGGCCUUAUCAGAAUCACCCAGCUUUUUCUCCUCUCCACAGCCUGGGGAAUGCAGAUAUGGGUAACCUUUAUCGCAGGGUUUGUUCUUUUCCGAACUGUGAGCCGACACACCUUUGGCCUGGUACAGGGCAAACUGUUUCCCUUCUAUUUCUACACCUUGCUUGGCUGCACAUUCCUUAAUCUUGCCAUAUUUGCUACAUACCAUCCACGGGAACUUCUCAACACCAGAGAAACUGUUCAGAUCACACUCUUUUUUAUUUGCCUCAUCUUGGUUGCCACUAAUGCCUCCUGGUUCUCUCAAGUCACCACCAAGACCAUGCUUAAGAUGCAAAAGAUUGAAAAGGAGCAUGGGCUUGGAGAGGAAGUGGGGGUUUCGGGUCAGCGGGAGGCUUACCAGCUUCUGAAGGAGAAGGACAGCAAAUACCGGAAUCUGCGCCAGAAGUUCUUCAAGUUUCAUGGCCUGUCUUCUCUCUGCAACCUGGCUUGUGUUAUUUGCACUGGGGUGAACUUGGCAUUCAUUGCCCUGCAACUGGAGAGCCUGUAGACUAUCCACCACUCUUGCUGGUUCUCGCGCUUUCUCCUAAAAAGCUGAUUUAGUGCAGAAGCUGUUCAGUUUGGUGAAGGAGAAGUUUGGAAAUCAAUACUUUGGAGUGCCCACCAUUCUUCUGGAAACAACCAGAUAUAUAAUGCCCUCCCGAAGUAUAAAUUGGAUUGUCUGAUAACUGGGAAGGGAUGAUAUAUUAAAUCCAGAGCAAAGUAUCUGCAUAAAUAAAUCCCAUUUCUGUUUUAAAAUCUUAGAUGUAAUAUUCCUUUGUGUUAUGCUAGUUUAGGAGACUUUUUUUAGAAUGUUUUAUUAUUUGUCAAUGUCAGUAGACUCCCUAUUGUUAAUGAGAACCUAACACCAUUUAACAUCAAUUAUAUACCCAGAGAGUAAGCCCACUGAUCUUAAUGGGACUCACUUUUUAGUAGUAAUGUACAGGAUUCUGCUAUGAAUGUGUUUCUAAAGAACAUUCAAAUACAGAGUGCCUUCCUGUAUAACA